AGGGAAGACAAAGUGAUUGUGACCAGAAUGGCCUUGGCCUACCGCUAUGCGUUGGCCCCGUGAGACCCAGAAGCUCUGGAGCCCUGGGACCAUGGAUCCUCUCAAUAGGAACCAGCUAGGCCCUGGAUGCAAGCCCCAGGCUGUGGUGCAGAAGGGGCCGUUGGAUCUGAUUGAGACGGGUCAGGGACUGAAGGUGCAGACGGACAAACCGCAUCUAGUGAGCCUGGGCAGCGGGAGACUCAGCACAGCCAUCACUCUCCUGCCGCUGGAGGAAGGGAGGACAGUGAUUGGUUCUGCAGCCAGGGACAUCUCACUGCAGGGUCCAGGCCUGGCACCAGAGCACUGCUACAUCGAGAAUCUGAGGGGCACUCUCACCCUGUACCCCUGUGGCAAUGCCUGCACUGUUGAUGGACUCCCCGUUCGGCAGCCCACCCGGCUCACUCAGGGCUGCAUGUUAUGUCUGGGUCAAUCCACCUUCCUGCGUUUUAACCACCCAGCUGAAGCCAAGUGGAUGAAGAGUAUGAUUCCAGCGGGGGCCCGGGCCCCAGGGUCCACCUAUAACCCUGGCUCUGCUGAAUCAGAGAGCCUGGUCAAUGGGAACCACACAGCACAGCCUCCAACCCGGGCACCUUCAGCCUGUGCCAGCCACAGUUCCCUGGUGAGCUCUAUUGAAAAGGACCUGCAGGAAAUCAUGGACUCGCUGGUGCUUGAGGACCCUGGAGCUGCAGGCAAGAAGCCUGCAGCCACAUCCCCGUUGUCGCCAAUGGCUAAUGGCGGGCGCUACCUGUUGUCCCCUCCAACCAGCCCCGGUGCCAUGUCUGUGGGCUCCAGCUAUGAGAACACCUCUCCAGCCUUCUCUCCACUUUCCUCACCAGCUAGCAGCGGAAGCUGUGCCAGCCACUCACCAAGUGGGCAGGAGCCAGGACCUUCUGUGCCCCCACUGGUGCCUGCCCGUUCCUCCAGCUACCAUUUGGCUCUGCAACCUCCACAGUCUCGCCCAAGUGGUUCCCGCUCCUCUGAAAGUCCCCGGCUUGCCAGAAAAGGGGGUCAUGAGAGGCCUCCCAGCCCCGGUCUCCGAGGUCUUUUGACUGACAGUCCUGCAGCCACAGUCUUGGCUGAGGCCCGCAGAACCACUGAGAGCCCCCGGCUAGGUGGGCAGUUGCCUGUGGUGGCUAUCAGCCUGAGUGAACAUCCAUCUUCCGGUGCUCGAAGCCAACCCACCAGUAUUCCUGGCAGCCCCAAGUUCCAGUCUCCAGUGCCUGCUCCCCGAAACAAGAUCGGCACACUCCACGACCGCCCUCCCAGUCCUUUCCGUGAGCCCCCAGGCACAGAGCGAGUACUAACAACCAGCCCCUCUCGACAGUUGGUGGGCAGAACAUUUUCAGAUGGGUCAGCAACUCGUACCCUCCAGCCACCUGAGAGUCCCCGCCUGGGCCGGCGGGGCCUGGAUAGUAUGCGGGAACUGCCCCCACUGAGUCCAUCUCUGUCUCGAAGGGCUCUGUCCCCACUGCCAGCCCGGACUGCCCCAGAUCCUAAGCUCAGCAGGGAAGUGGCCGAGAGCCCCCGGCCCCGGCGCUGGGCAGCCCAUGGAACUUCACCUGAGGACUUCUCCCUGACUGUAGGAGCACGGGGCCGCAGGACUCGGAGUCCCUCGCCCACACUUGGGGAGUCCCUGGCACCUCGCAAGGGCAGCUUCAGUGGCAGGCUGAGCCCAGCCUACAGUCUGGGCUCUCUUACUGGGGCUUCACCUCGUCAGAGCCCCCGUGCUCAGAGAAAGCUUUCCAGUGGGGACUUGCGGGUGCCCAUCCCACGGGAGAGGAAAAAUAGCAUCACCGAGAUCAGCGACAACGAAGAGGAUCUCCUGGAGUACCAUCGUCGGCAGCGCCAAGAGCGGCUCAGGGAGCAGGAGAUGGAGAGGCUGGAGCGCCAGCGCCUGGAGACCAUCCUGAACCUGUGUGCCGAGUACAGCCGAGCUGACGGGGGACCUGAGGCUGGGGAACUGCCCAGUAUUGGAGAGGCCACGGCAGCGCUGGCAUUGGCAGGCAGAAGGCCCUCAAGAGGCUUGGCAGGAGCCAUCGUGGUCUCUGGGAGGAGCGGCGAGGAGUCUGGAGGUGCCUCCCAGCGCCUGUGGGAGAGCAUGGAGCGCUCUGAUGAAGAGAACCUCAAAGAAGAGUGUAGCAGCACAGAGAGCACCCAGCAGGAGCAUGAAGAUGCUCCCAGCGCGAAGCUCCAAGGAGAGGUGCUGGCUGUGGAAGAAGAGCGGGCUCAGGUUCUCGGGCGUGUGGAGCAGCUGAAGGUCCGAGUGAAGGAACUGGAACAGCAGCUGCAGGAAGCAGCCCGAGAGGCUGAAAUGGAGAGAGCUCUGCUGCAGGGGGAGAGGGAGGCAGAGCGAGCACUGCUGCAGAAGGAGCAAAGGGCCGUGGACCAGCUGCAGGAGAAGUUGGUGGCCUUGGAGACAGGCAUCCAGAAGGAGAGGGACAAGGAGAGGGCGGAGCUGGCCGCGGGACGGAGGCACCUGGAGGCCCGCCAGGCGCUCUACGCCGAGCUCCAGACGCAGCUCGAUAACUGCCCCGAGUCAGUGCGGGAACAGUUACAGGAGCAGCUGAGAAGGGAGGCAGACGCUCUAGAGACGGAGACAAAGCUCUUUGAGGACCUGGAGUUCCAGCAGCUGGAGCGGGAGAGUCGCGUGGAGGAGGAGCGGGAGCUGGCCGGCCAAGGGCUGCUCAGAAGCAAGGCUGAGUUGCUGCGCAGCGUGAGCAAGAGAAAGGAGCGCCUAGCUGUACUGGACAGUCAGGCUGGGCAGAUCAGGGCCCAAGCAGUACAGGAAUCAGAGCGUCUGGCCCGGGAAAAGAAUGCCGCCCUGCAGCUACUGCAAAAGGAGAAGGAGAGGCUGACUGUGCUUGAAAGGAGAUAUCAUUCGCUCACGGGUGGCAGGCCUUUCCCGAAGACCACCUCCACCCUCAAAGAGAUGGAGAAGCUGCUGCUCCCUGCUGUAGACUUAGAGCAGUGGUACCAGGAGCUGAUGGCCGGGCUGGGGACUGGCCUUGCUGCUGCCUCCCCUCGCUCCUCUCCCCCGCCUCUGCCUGCCAAAGCUUCCCGUCAGCUGCAGGUUUACCGCUCCAAAAUGGAUGGUGACGCGGCCAGCUCCCUGCCCAGGGCACGCAGUGGCCCUCUCCCCUCCUCCUCAGGCUCCUCGUCCUCUUCUUCACAGCUCAGCGUGGCUACCCUGGGCCGUAGUCCUUCCCCAAAGAGUGCUCUGCUCGCCCAGAAUGGCACCAGUAGCCUUCCUCGCAACCUGGCAGCCACGCUGCAGGACAUUGAGACCAAGCGCCAGCUGGCCCUACAGCAAAAGGUCGAGUUACCUCCUGCCGAGCCCCUCCCACCCGAAGACCCAGCAGGGCACCAAGUGAUCGAGGAGCAACGGAGGCGACUGGCUGAGCUGAAGCAAAAAGCAGCCGCCGAGGCUCAGUGCCAGUGGGACGCCUUGCAUGGUGCAGCUCCCUUUCCAGCGGGUCCCCCGGGCUUCCCCGCACUCAUGCACCAUUCCAUCCUUCACCACCUGCCGGCCGGCCGGGAGCGUGGAGAGGAGAGCGAACACGCUUACGACACCCUGAGCCUGGAGAGUUCAGACAGCAUGGAGACCAGCAUCUCCACAGGAGGCAAUUCAGCCUGCUCCCCUGACAACAUGUCCAGUGCCAGUGGUCUGGACAUGGGCAAGAUCGAGGAAAUGGAGAAGAUGCUAAAGGAAGCUCACGCAGAGAAGAGCCGGCUCAUGGAGUCCAGGGUGAGGCUGACUGGAACCAGGAGGCAGCAGGUGGAGCGGGAGAUGGAGCUAAGGAGGCAGGCCCUGGAGGAGGAGCGGCGGAGGCGGGAACAAGUGGAGCGGAGGCUGCAGAGUGAGAGCGCCCGUAGGCAGCAGCUGGUGGAGAAAGAAGUCAAGCUCCGGGAGAAACAGUUCUCCCAGGCACGACCUCUUACUCGUUAUCUUCCCAACCGGAAAGAAGACUUUGAUCUGAAAACCCACAUAGAGUCGUCAGGCCACGGGGUGGACACCUGUCUACACGUGGUACUUAGCAGCAAGGUCUGCCGUGGCUACCUGAUCAAGAUGGGGGGCAAGAUUAAAUCGUGGAAGAAGCGCUGGUUUGUCUUCGAUCGGCUGAAGCGCACCCUUUCCUAUUAUGUGGACAAACAUGAGACGAAGCUGAAGGGGGUCAUCUACUUCCAGGCCAUCGAAGAAGUGUACUACGACCACCUGCGCAGCGCAGCCAAGAGUCCAAAUCCGGCCCUCACCUUCUGUGUGAAGACCCAUGACCGGCUAUACUACAUGGUGGCCCCAUCUGCAGAGGCCAUGCGCAUCUGGAUGGACGUCAUCGUCACAGGAGCUGAAGGCUACACUCAAUUCAUGAACUAACCACCAGGCACCUCCUGGGUUCCCCAGGUCAGCCCCAGGACUCUAUGCCCUGCCACUUGCUGCUCUGCUUGUUCCUGGAGACAGUGGCACAUUGGGCACGGGGCCUCAAAGGUUCAGGAUGUAGUUGAGUACCCCAGGGCUUUUGUGCAAGAAGACAAAUUGUUUUAUGAGGAGUUUGGUGCUCGGGAAUUGGGCUUCGGUCCCUAAGGAGCCAGCAGAGAGGGAAGAAGUCGCCUCCUGGGAGUCCAGAAGCGCAGGGUUCCCUCCUGGGUCCAGCAGGCUGAAGAGGUGUAGCUAAGCUGUGCUCUCAGCUCUGUUCUGGUCCCUCACACACCCCAGCUUGUUUUCUCUUGUAAAGGACAUAUUAUGGUACCAAAAUCUGCCAAAGAUCCCCUUUUCAUCUCAUCCCCUCUGCGGGGACCUGGGGGGUCCUGAGCAGAGCCGUAUGUAGAACUGGGGAGCAGGCCUGCACUCCUCGCCCCUGGUCUGCCUCCUCCUCUCCCCACCUCCCACUUUCCACUACUCAGCUCAAGGACCAGAGACCUCAAGUGUUAUUCUCGAGGUCCAGCCCCAUCAUCCUUGUCUCCAUGGUGACUGCUUCCUCACCAUGGUUACACACUAAUUGCCAUGGCCACUCUGUGGCUCUGCCCACUGCUUCAGCUGUGGGCCACAUGAGGGUACGUGCCAUCAUCUCUCCAACCCAGGCCUGGGGGCACGUCACAUGGUGGGAGGAGAUGGAAUUCCUCCCAGCUGCAGUGUGUCUCUAGCCUCCAGCCCAACCCUCUCCCUUUUACUGUGCCUUGCUUAGAGCCAGAAGGGAUGAUGUCCGGGGAUCUGAGACCAGAGGAACAGCAUCACUGAGGGGAGAGGAAGCUAAGAGGCCCGCCCUCCCAUUCUGACAGGACUAGUUCUCAGUAAGGAACAAGGGUAGCUCAGAGUGCCCGAAAAGAAGCCUGAGUUGGGGGUGGAGCGGGCAGAAGCAGAGGCCCUGAACUGUAGUAACCUCCCUUCAGUUUCCCAAAGGCGAUGGGAAAGGAGAAUGGGGGGAUCGAGUCUCCAGCUGGCUGGCCUCAGCCUUGCGCCUUAACACUAAGCCACCCUCCCUGCCCUUCCCAGCACUGGGCCCUUGGUUGCUGGGCCUGGCUGGGUGUUUUGCAGUAUUUGUAAGCAUUUCAGCAGAACAAUAAAAGCAUUUUGACUAUGUA